GACAUUUUACGAAUGUCAACACAAUUGAACACUGUGGAAGAACAGCUUCGGGAGAAAGAUGCUGAGCUCAAGGGUAUGUACCUAAAUUUACCUUUACCUUGCUAAUCAACCGUUUUCAUAUUCCUUAAAUCAUUCAUUAAAAUAUUCAUUAAAAUGGAACACUCAUAAUUGAUAACUCACAUGCCUAAUUAUCACUGUUCUGAUAAUGUAAGCAUAACAUGGAACAAAGGUAACCAAGUAUUUAAAUUGUGCGGUGCAUCAGAACUACCAAGUCUCUCUUAAACCUUUUAUCAUUGUUUUAUUUUCAGAAAGUGAAGAUGAGGGAACAAGUGAAAAUAUUCGUCAGGAUAUCGAAGCUUUGGAAAACAAGAGAUCAGAGCUGAUGAAACAACGAGAAGGACUGGAUACGAAACUAAAAGAAGGCUGUUUGUUGAAUGUCGAAGAGGAGCGAAGGUAUCGUUUCUUCUUUUGAUUUUUAAAUAAAAUAAGCCAAGUUACUUCAGUUAAAUGGCUGUGUCGGUUCUAAACUGUUCUCGCUAGAGGUCCAGGCCCUUAUUGUUCUUCUGUUAGGCCAAAAAAAAUAUGUGGGUUUCCGGUUUCCCGACCCUACCUAGCUUUUGGACGUCGAAAUCCCGACCCUAAACUUUUUUAUUGGAUCAUGCUUGUAAGUGUUUCCACUUAGAGGAAAAAGUUUGUGGAAAAUUGAAAUUUGAGGCAAUAUUAGGGAAAUUUAUCUUUGGAUGUGGAAGCACUGACUAAACAAAAUGGCGUCCGGUUGUUAGGAAAAUUAAAAAAAAAGUUUAAAAAAAAAAGUUAAAACCGACCUACCCUACCUAAGUUUUUAUAAGAAGAAACCGGAAACCCACAUAUAUUUUUUUUGCCUUACUACAGGAGGAAACCAAAACUUUAUGUACUGUUUAAAACACGAGGAAACAGCUCGAGUGUCUUAUAUCUGAUAAAGCAUGAACUGCGAAUGUUUGUUUUUAUCACAUACAAAACCGUCGACACAGAAAAUGAUGCGGUCUGAAAUUCAGCGAGUUUUUCUUAUAUUGCUGUACUGUAUAUAAUAUAUGGCGUCCGUUUUACAGCAUGAUGAUUGUAUUUAAAUUGACAAUAUUUAACUAUUGUGUUGUGUUUCAUGAAUUAUUAAUGCUUUUUUAAAUGUCUCUAUUAGUUUCAGAUUGUUCCCCUUGGAGGUCCAGUGAUUUGUUUUCUUGCUACACCAAACCCACAUACAGUAUCUUUUUCUCUCUGACAGACUUUUAGAAUUCGACGAAGGCAUAGAAGCGCUCGAAGCGGCCAUCGAAUUCAAAACCGACUCAAUCAACACACAGAAGAACAAGUUGGGCGUUGAAAAACCCGAAUUCUCACAGAACGAGUUAGUUGCAAAACUAAACAGCUUGGGGCGAGAAGAUGCCAUAUUCCUGCUCUCAAAAUAUUUCGAGAAAGUGAUCUCUCAUCGCGAGAAUGAACGAAAACAGCAAGUGAAGUGCGACGAUAUGACUCUACGUGUUGACGAGCAAGACCGCGUGAUCAGGGAACUGGAACGAGGGUUUCAGCAGGCGGAUUUGCGGGCUGAACGCAGGCUAACUGAUCAGGCAAAGGAGUAUGAACAGCGAGUACAGUUCCUUAUGAAACAAGUCAAUGAUAUGGAGCAGCACACAAGGUAAGGUUCUGUCGGUUCACUGAACUGCGUAUAUAUCUGGAGCGAGAAGUCGGGUCCAAAAAGUGAGGUCAGCUUUGUGUUAACCGCGCAGACAUAAACAACAGAAAGAGACUGGAACUGAUGUCCUAUAGCUCUUCAAUUUCCGCCAUCUUGGCAUAGCCAACUAUACACGUAAAAAUCACACAACUUGUCAACAAGAUGUGUUCGCAUCAGGCUUGUAGCAAGCUUGUCAACAAGUUGUAACAAUGUUGUUAUUUCAUCAAUGUUGCUACAAGGUUGUCACUCACAACUUGUCAAUAAGAUGUGUUUGCAACAGACUUGUAGCGAACUUGUCAACAAGUUGUAACAAUGCUGUUAUUUUAUCAAGUUGCUACAAAGUUGUCACUCACAACUUGUUGACGAUAACAAGUUGUUGGAACAACCUGUAACAAGUUUGUUGAGCUCAACAACCUUGUAGCAAGCUUGUCAACGAGUUGUAACAAUGCUGUUAUUUUAUCAAGUUGCUACAAGGUUGUCACUCACAACUUGUUGACAAAUUGUUGAAUUGUAGGACGAUAACAAGUUGUUGGAACAACUUGUAACAAGUCUGUUGAGUUCAACAACCUUGUAGCAAGUUGUUAAGAAGAUAUAACAAUGUUGUUUUUUUAUCAAGUUGCUACAAGGUUGUCACUCACAACUUGUUGACAAAUUGUUGAAUUGGAGGACGAUAACAAGUUGUUGGAACAACUUGUAACAAGUUUGCUGAGCUCAAUAACCUUGUAGCAAGUUGUCAACAAGUUGUAACAAUGCUGUUAUUUUAUCAAGUUGCUACAAGGUUGUCACUCACAACUUGUCGACAAGUUGUUGAAUUGCAGGACGAUAAUAAGUUGUUGGAACAACUUGUAACAAGUCUGUUGAGCUCAACAACCUUGUAGCAAGUCAACAAGCUGGGAACAAGCAGUGCGAACUCAUCCUGUUCACAAGUUGUUGGAACAGCAUUGCUACAAGUCUGCUGCAGGUUUGUGCUGAACGUGUGUAUUUUUGUCGAAACAUCAUAAACAUGUCUUAUCUAAGAGAUGUAUUUCUUGACUUCAAUCAGUGAGAAAGAUGGUCGUAUUCACGAGCUUGAGAAGGACCUGUAUUACUACAAAAAAGUCAGUCGAGACUUGAAGAAGAAACUGCGAGAACUGGCCGGGAAAGAUGGAGUACUGGACUCUAUGCAAACCAUCAGCUUGCAGAGCGAGGUACCGUCUGAAGCAGAGCUUAGGUUGACUGUCGAGGUGAAGAGUCAGGAUAAGAAAGAGAAUAAAUUAACUGAUGGAAAUAUUAAG